AUGGCGGUGGCCACGCCACUGCUGUCCGCCGCCGCCCGCCGGUGCACGCGGUCGGCGUCCACCAUCGGCAGGCGCGAGGUGAUGGACUGCCACAGCCUCACCAUGGACGGGUGCACGACGUUCAAGAAGAUCCCCAAGACCUGGUUCUCGACGUCGGAGUCGUUCGUGGCGGCGGGCCACAUUUGGCGGAUCAGGUUCUACCCCAAGGGCGAGUGCUGCUUCUGGAGGCACGGCUACAUGGCCCUCUACCUCGAGCUCGUCACCGCCGCCAACGCCUACUACCGAGCCACCGACCCCGUCGACUUCAAGUUCACCUUGCUCGAUCUGGCGGGGAACCCCGUGCCGCAGUACAGCCGCGCCAUGGCGGCGCACGUCUUCAGCGCCGAGUCCAGGCGCGUGGGGUUCAACGACUUCAUCAGGUGGAAAGAUCUGGAGAGGUCCGGCUGCCUCAAGGACGACCGCUUCACCGUCCGCUGCGACAUCACGGUCUUCCAAGAUUACUGGACCGCCGACAGCGAUGGCGACGGCGGCCACGCUGUGGCUCCGGUGCGGCAGGUGACCGUGCCGCCGUCCAACCUGCACGAGCACCUCGGCGAUCUUCUGGGGAAGAAGCAAGGAGCAGACGUCACGGUCGACGUCGCCGGGGAGGCCUUCGACGCCCACGGCUGGCUUCUCGCGGCGCGGUCACCGGUGUUCGAGGCCGAGCUCCUCGCCGCGGCCAAGGAGAAAGCACCUGGCGGCGGUGGCGCCGCCCGUCGUCGCGUGGUGGUGGAAGGCAUGGAGCCACGGGUGUUCAAGGCGAUGCUUCACUUCAUGUACACCGACGUGCUGCCGGAGAUGGAGAAGCAGGAGGAGACCGUGGCCAUGUCCCAGGGCUUACUCGCGGCGGCGCACAGGUACGAGCUCCAGAGGCUCAAGCUCAUUUGCGAGGAGACACUGUGCAGGCGGAUCGACGUGGACACGGCGGCGAGCACCCUGGCGGUGGCGGAGCAGCACGGUUGCCGUGCUCUCAAGGCUGCGUGCCUGGGAUUCAUGGCGCGUCCUGGGAAUCUCAAUGCCGUCAUGGAGACGAAAGGGUUUGAGAAGAUAAAGGCCAACUGCCCGGCUGUUAUGCUGGACCUCAUCAUGAAGCAAGUAGCAGCUCGAAUGGCCAUACAUCAACCGUAA